AUGUCUUCACGGCCCCGUCGCUCGGCCGCCCAGCGCGCCACCGUGGCAAUCACUGACAUGGCCGACAGAGACAACGAGCGCCCCAUGUCGUCUCGUACACGCCGCUCCGGCGGCAUCGCCUCGGUGUCGCGCGGGCCCCCCUCGUCGCCCGCCAGCAGUCCCGCCGACUCUAACCAACACAUGCACCUCACCGUGAAACUACCAUCUAGCAAGCUGCGCCAGGCCACUAACGGCAACAAGCGCAAAUCCUUGGGCACUCCCACUCCUGCCGCCACCACUCGCGGUCCCUAUGGUCGCGCUGCCGCUGCCGCUGGCGCCCGCACUAGGGGAGGCAAGAAGAGCUAUGUAGUCCCGAGCGAGAGCGAGGAUGACGAUGACGACGACGACGACGACGACGACGACGAUGACGAGGAGGAAGAGGAGGAAGAAGAGGGCGAAGACGAAAUCGAGGUCGGUGAGCGGGCGGGCCUCGUGGACGUCGACGAUGAGGAUGAGGAGGAAGACGAGGAUGAUGAGGACGAGGAGCGCAUCGAACUCGGCGAAGAGGACGCUGAAGGCGAGGUCGACGAUGAGAUGGACAUUGACGCAGAUGGCGACGACGACGACGCCGAUGCAGACGCAGAUGCAGACGCCGACGCCGACGCGGAUGGCGAUAUCGACAUGGACAGCGCCCCGCCCUUGCCACCUCCCGCCAUCAAAGUCUCUAAGCCUCCCAGGGGCACUGCCAUCCCCAAACCAAAGACCACCCCGUCCAAGCCAAGCGGCAGGGGAGCCGCCGCGUCUAAAGCCGCUGCAAAUCACGAUGAUGAUGACGACGACGAUGACGACGACGACGACGACGACGAGCUCAGCGAGCUGGACAGCGACCCCGAGGACGUCACCGAAGCUGUCGAGGUCGGCGAUGAAGACGCCGAGGGCGAGGACGACGAGGGCGAGGAAAUCGAGGUCGCCGACGAGGAUGGCGAGGGCGAAGACGACGAGGAGCUCGACAGCGACGACGAGAUGGCUGGAAGUCGCGGCGACACGCCAGACCUGACAAAGCUGACUGCGCGACAACGCGCCAAGCUCGGCGGCGCCUCGCACGAGUACUCGGAGCUAUCAAACGAGGUUCAAGCGAAACGGGUCUUUACGGCCGAGGAGCUCUCAAUGAGGCGCGCCGAAAUGGCCCGUCGCCGGCGGAACCUGAGCGACAAGCGCAACGAAGAAGUCAAGAUGGAGACGAUCAACAAGCUCCUGAAGAAGCAGGCGCCCAAGUCCAACCGGCGCAACGCGCUGCUGGCGGGCGACGAGACGCCAGACGGCGAGGGCUACCGCGCCGGGCCCCUGUUCGUCCGCUGGAUCAGCACAAAGGACGGCAGCCGCAUCGCCAUCCCCGACGACAUGCUCAUCAGCCCCGCCGGCCGCAUCUUUGUGCCCGGUGGCCUCAUGCCCACCAGAGCCAAGAUGGUCGAGGAGGUUUCCUGA